AUAUAAACUGUGUACUUCAAUCCAUUGUAGACAAGAGAAGAGUAAAGAGAGAGAAGACAUAUACAGUACACAUACUUCAAAGGAGUAUAUUGCCUCUCCCCACUUCCUUUUGCUGUCACUUUUCAGCAUCAUUCAUUACCUCAAAAUUUCCGACCUCAGCUAUUUCUACCAUUAUACAUGCCUUAUAAAUACAUAUUUUGAACGUAUAUACUCUUUUUUGGAGUUACUAAGUACUGUAUUUUUCAUAAAAAGAGUUUGUGAUAUUAGGUACUAUGACUGAAUGAGGUUCAAAUGCACAUUUGGUGGGCAUUUUCUGCUGAAUUAUGAGAAAAAGUUUAUGGGUUUUGUACUUGGGGUUUUCUUGAGUUGAAUUCUGGUGGUUUAAAGCUUGUAACUUGGAUCUUUCUUGUGUAAAUAUUGGAUUUUUAUUCAAGAUUUUAAGUUGGUAUUUGAUGAAGCUGAAAGCUUUUGUGCUUUGUAGUGAAACAGGUUUUGGUUGAUAUUUCUCUUGAAUAUUUGAGGUUGAUGAGUAAUUGUUUGCUGUAAUUCACUAGCAUUGAUCAUGGGAUAAAGUUGAAGCUAUUUUUGGAGCUGUUUUGAGUGCAAGAAUUUUCUUUAUUGGUGUUGUAGAUUUAGCUGUGUCUUAGGUUCAUUUCUGUAGUGGUUUCAAACAAAAGGGUUGAAGCUGCAAAAAUGAGGCUUUCUUCUGCUGGUUCCAAUCAGCAGUCUCCUGAAGGGGAGAAUAAAUGUUUGAAUUCUGAGCUUUGGCAUGCAUGCGCGGGACCUCUUGUUUCCCUACCAGCUGUUGGAAGCAGGGUGGUGUAUUUCCCACAAGGGCAUAGUGAGCAGGUUACUGCAUCAACAAACAAGGAAGCUGAGGCUCAUAUUCCGAAUUACCCAAGCCUGGCCCCACAACUUAUUUGCCAGCUUCACAAUGUUACCAUGCACGCUGAUAUGGAGACUGAUGAGGUUUACGCUCAAAUGACCUUGCAACCGUUGAGUCCUGAAGAGCAAAAGGAGGCAUCUUUCCUUCCUUUAGAUUUGGGUAUCCCUAGUAAACAGCCAACAAAUUACUUCUGUAAAACAUUAACAGCAAGUGACACAAGUACUCAUGGUGGAUUUUCAGUACCUCGCCGUGCAGCAGAGAAAGUUUUUCCUCCAUUGGACUUCUCUCAGCAGCCUCCAGUACAAGAGUUGAUCGCUAGGGAUCUCCAUGACAAUGAGUGGAAAUUUAGACAUAUUUUCAGGGGUCAGCCGAAGAGGCAUCUUCUUACAACUGGUUGGAGUGUGUUUGUAAGUGCAAAAAGACUUGUUGCUGGUGAUUCAAUCAUUUUCAUCUGGAAUGAGAAGAAUCAAUUAUUUCUUGGUAUUCGACGUGCCAAUCGGUCCCAAACUGUGAUGCCGUCUUCAGUUUUAUCAAGUGAUAGCAUGCAUUUGGGUCUUUUGGCUGCUGCAGCUCAUGCAGCAGCAACUAAUAGCAGAUUCACCAUUUUUUAUAAUCCAAGGUCUUGUCCUUCAGACUUUGUUGUACCUCUUGCCAAGUAUGUCAAAGCAGUAUAUCAUACUCGCAUUUCUGUAGGCAUGCGCUUCAGAAUGUUAUUUGAAACUGAAGAAUCUAGUGUUCGUCGUUACAUGGGCACUAUAACUGGCAUAGGUGAUUUGGAUCCUGUUCGUUGGCCAAACUCACAUUGGCGUUCAGUUAAGGUUGGCUGGGACGAGUCUACAGCUGGGGAAAGGCAACCAAGAGUCUCCCUAUGGGAAGUCGAACCUUUAACAACAUUCCCUAUGUAUCCAUCCCCCUUUCCUCUGAGACUCAAGCGAUCAUGGCCACCUGGAUUCCCGGCAUUAAGUGGUACUAGGAUUCGGCCCCUCUCUCCAUCACAUUGUUUUAUCUGUCUGAAGCUUCGGGUAACGUUGAGAGAAUUGUGUGAACUUGAUCUAAUUGUGUUUCAAUGUUUUGUAUUUUCGCAUGAAGGGAUGAAGGAUGAUGACAUGGUAAUGAAUCCUAUGAUGUGGCUCCGUGAUGUUGGAGAUGGUGGAACCCAAUCUAUCAAUUUUCAGGGAAUUGGAGUCACACCUUGGAUGCAACCCAGAAUUGACGUCCCAAUAGGUGGAAUGCAAAUGGAUAUUUAUCAAGCUAUGGCUGCCGGUGCCCUUCAAGAUUUGAGGUCUGUGGAUCCCUCUAAACAGGCUCUCACUUCGCUUCUGCAACUUCAGCAAUCCAAUGGUGUCACCAACAGCACUUCCGGACUACUAUAUCCACAGUUAUUUCAACAGUCUCAAGGCCAAACAGCGUUUCUGCCGAGCAUGGCACAGGGCCAGUCUCAAGUGCAACCUGUAUCCCAGCCUCAUAUUUUUCAGCAACAAAUGCUGCAUCAAAAUUCAUCCACCACUAUCCAUCAGCAGCAACAGCAAUCUCCUCUGGAGCAGCGGCCUCCUCCGCAGCAACAGCAAGCAAUUAGACAGCUGGACUCGAGCUCUCAAUCACAACAGACAUCAUUGCAAGCAUUCUGUUCUACGCAACAAGAAAGCUUCACCGACACAAAUGUGAAUCAUUCUACCAACUCAAUUGUUAAUCCACUGCACAGCCUAUCGGGUGCAGUUACCAGGGAUGAACCAUCCCAGCUUGUCAGUGUUCCUAGAUCGAGCUCCUUACUAUCUCCUACCGGAUGGCCACCAAAGAGGGUGGCUGUCGAUCCUGUCCUUCCUUCUGCAUCUUCACAGCGUAUGUCACCCUUCAUUGAUCAGCCGGGAACACCCAACAAAAACGUAUCUCAAAAUGCUCUUUCUUUGCCAACGUUCCCAGGUAGGGACUGCCCCGUAGGUCAAGAAGGGAACAAUGAUCUCCACAAUCAUCUUUUGUUUGGGUUCAAUAUAGAUUCCCCAUCUCUUAUGCAGAGCGAUAUGCGAAGCCUCAGGGGAGUUGGUAGCGAUUGUGAGUCAGCAAAUGUGCCCUUUGCUUCUUCCAACUACCUAAGUAAUGCGGGCAAUGAUUUUGCUCAAAAUCCAGUUAUGGCACUCUCUGGUUGCAUUAAUGUACCAGGUUUCACACAGACUUCUGAAAAUGCGGGACAAGAAAGCCCACAUAACACCUUUGUUAAGGUCUAUAAAUCAGGGUCCUUCGGAAGGUCAUUAGACAUCACCAAGUUUAGCAGCUAUCAUGAGCUGCGAAGUGAGCUUGCACGGAUGUUUGGCCUUGAAGGCCUACUGGAGGAUCCUUUGAGAUCAGGCUGGCAGCUUGUAUUUGUUGACAGGGAGAAUGAUGUGCUUCUCCUUGGCGACGAUCCCUGGCCGGAGUUCGUCAACAGCGUAUGGUGUAUUAAAAUACUCUCGCCUCACGACGUGCAGCAGAUGGGAAAACAAGGUCUCGAGCUUUUGAACUCAGUAUCCAUGUCUAAGUCAUCAAACAAUAGCUGUGAUGACUUUGCAAAUCGCUCAGAAUCUAGGAAUAUGGCCUCUGGCAUCAUGUCUGUUGCUACUCUCGACUAUUAGAUAUCUCUUCUCCUGUCAGGGUAUUUUGCUCCUUUUGUAAUACUGGCAUUUCUUCAAACUUUUACCUAAUGAGAAGAAAUGCCUGAUUAAUUUUACCUUAUAACUUUUGCUAGAAAGUUGUUUAUUGUAGUUAUUGUAACUAUCUUUCAAUUUCUAUUUUCGAAGUCCUUAAAUGUAUACAAAACUGAAAAUUUAGUAGGUAAUUUUAAGCUGUAAAACAGCUGUGACGAAUCCUUGAGUUAGCUAUAAGGUAAACUCUACAAAUUUGUGUACU